ACUCGCAAUCUCUCUCUCUUCCAAAAAAAAAAACUUUUUUUUUCUCCUCCUUUCUUUCUGAUCAGCGAAAGACAAAAAGAUAAACCCAAAUCGUGAAGAGCGCCAUGGAUAGCCACAUCUAUGGUGUCUCCGCCGCCGCCAUUCUCUCCCUCCUCCUCUUCACGGCCUCGUCUGCAUUGCCCCUGAAACCGAAUCCGGAGUCGGGUCGAAAUUCCUCAUCCGGGUCGGGUCAGAUCAAUUCCAACUCCGUCCUCGUCGCUCUCCUCGAUUCUCGUUACACAGAGCUAGCUGAGCUCGUCGAGAAAGCCCUUCUUCUCCAGACCCUCGAAGACGCCGUCGGUCAACACAAUAUCACCAUUUUCGCACCUCGCAACGAAGCUCUCGAGCGAGAGCUCGACCCUGAGUUCAAGCGGUUCUUGCUCGAACCCGGCAACCUCAAAUCCCUACAGACCCUUCUCAUGUUCCACAUUCUCCCCAAACGGGUCGGAUCUCACCAGUGGCCCGACCAGGACUCGGAUCGUAUCAGGCACGAGACGCUAGGAGAAGACAAUGUGCGUCUGACUAGAACCGAGAAAAACGGCAAGAGAAUGGUGGAUUCGGCUGAGGUCAUCCGACCCGACGACGUGACCCGACCCGACGGCGUGAUCCACGGGAUCGAGCGGCUUCUCAUCCCUCGCUCUGUCCAAGAGAGCUUCAACCGCCGGCGAAGUCUCCGGUCAAUAUCCGCCGUCUUACCCACCGGAGCUCCGGAGGUUGACCCAAGAACCCACCGCCUCAAGAAACCAUCCGCCGCUUCCGUCCCGGCUGGAGCUCCGCCGGUGCUUCCGAUCUACGACGCCAUGGCUCCGGGACCGUCUCUAGCUCCGGCGCCGGCGCCGGGACCGGGAGGUCGUCACCACCACUUCAACGGAGAGGCUCAGGUGAAGGAUUUCAUCCAGACUCUGUUACAUUACGGUGGGUACAACGAAAUGGCCGACAUACUUGUGAAUCUGACAUCCUUGGCGACGGAGAUGGGGAGACUGGUGUCGGAGGGUUAUGUCUUAACGGUGUUAGCUCCGAACGACGAGGCCAUGGCGAAGCUGACGACGGACCAGUUAAGCGAACCAGGAGCUCCGGAGCAGAUAAUGUAUUACCAUAUAAUACCAGAGUACCAAACAGAGGAGAGCAUGUACAAUUCGGUCCGGAGAUUCGGGAAGGUGAAGUAUGAUACAUUGCGAUUUCCGCAUAAGGUCUUGGCUCAAGAAGCUGAUGGGUCUGUGAAAUUCGGACAUGGUGAUCGGUCUGCGUACUUGUUCGAUCCCGACAUUUAUACAGACGGUCGGAUUUCGGUUCAGGGGAUUGAUGGGGUUCUAUUCACCGAGGAGGAGACUGAGACCGAGACAGUGAAGAAGAAACCGAGCAGUGCCGUUAAGAAAGUUGUGCAGCCGAGAAGAGGAAAGUUGCUGGAAGCAGCAUGUCGAAUGCUCGGAGCUUUUGGCCGCCGAGACUCGUAUCUUUCAUCGUGCCGGUGAAUUCACGUCGAUAUAUAGAAAAAGACGAAAACUUCCGAUACAUCUGUAAACACAUUCAAAAGGUGAUAGGGAGAAGCCAGGAAAUGCAAUAAGGAGGAAUCAUGGAAUCAGUCCAUGGAUUGAGAAGAGAUUGUUGUUGGGUUUUUUUUUUUUGUUUGGUUUUGAUUAUGAAUACUGUAAUUAGUGUUAUAUAUAUAUAUAUUAAUCAUUUUUUUAAUUACUUUGUUGUGUGAUUAUGAUCAUCAUAAAG